CUUCCCUUCUGCUUCUCCUCGAUCUCCUGCAGCAGGAGCAGCACCUGCUCCACCAUGCCAGGUCCCAGCCCUGUACAACCUGGAUCACAUCACCCAGGAUGGAGAAGUUCAGUGUACUCAGCACUUUCCUAAAAGAGGCAUCAAAGGAGCACCCCGGAGGGCAAGGAGGGAGGCACUCCUCCGCCUGCAGCACCCUUGGCCAGGUCCCAGCCAGUCUGGUCCCCAACCAGGACAAGCAGGGGCAACACAGUGCUCACAGGGCAGGGAGGGAGGGAGGCAGAUCCCACCCCAAAACUGCCCCACACCCUGGCUGCUGGCCUUUUGAACCUGCUUCCCAUCCUCCAUGUUCCUUAGCCGAGCCAGCUUUUGUUAACCAUUACCACUUGGGCGGGGCGGGAGGGUGGAGGUGCCAAGGCUCCUGGGGACCAGAGGCCUCAGAAUCUUGAUAGGUACAGCUGCAGCAGGAAUAGGGUGGUAGAGGUGUCUCUGCAGCUGUAGAACCUUGUGGCACCUAUUAAAGGGGCUGAAGCUGGGGGAGAAGCACAGACAAGUGGGAGGAGAGGUGAUUGUGGGCUCCAUUCCUUACCUGUCAUGGCUUGGGCUUAGUGCAUGGCUGGCACCACAGAUGUCAAGGUGGCAUCCUGCUGGGGAAUAGGCCAUGCCCCUGGCUCUUGCACUAGCAUUGGCAACACCUCUGCCACAUGUGAUCCAGGCUGAACUUUGCUCAGUGGGGCACUGCCCUGGGCACAGUGCUGCCACAGGAUCCAGCUAGUCCCAAGGUUGUGGAGGCUGCCAGCAGGGAGGACAGCCAACACUGUGAGGAUCCACCAUCAGCCAUGGAGCAGGAAAGUGUCAGGGAGGAGCUGGGUAUCCCCCUCUACAAGAUGUUCAUUGAGGGCUGGGCACAGGUGAAGGAUUUCCAAGCCCGUCCAGAUGACCUGCUCAUCUCCACCUACCCCAAAUCAGGCACGGCGUGGCUGGGCGAGAUUAUGGACAUGAUCUACCAAGAUGGUGAUGUGAAGAAAUGCCGAUGGGAUGCCAUCUACAACCAUGUGCCCUUCCUGGAAAUGAAGGACUCUGGGAUACCGAGUGGUGUUGAGCAGCUGGAGAACACCCCAUCCCAAUGGCUUGUAAUGACCCAUCUCCCAGUCCACCUCCUCCCACAGUCCUUCUGGGAGAAGAACUGCAAGAUUAUCUACAUGGCCUGCAACCUCAAGGAUGUUGUCAUCUCCUACUACCAGAUGACCAAGUUACACCCUGACCCUGGCACACUGGCUGAGUUCCUGGAGACCUUCCUGGCUGGCAAAGGACCCACAUCAGGAAGUGAAGAAGAUCCUGCAUUUCCUGGGCAAGGAGGUGGCAGAGGGAACAGUGGAGAGGAUCCUUCACAACACUGCCUUCCAGGCGAUGAAGAAGAACCCUCUGCUGCCCCUGCCCAGCUGCUACCUUUCCUGUCCUCACCACUCCCUCCUGGCUCGAAGGUCGCCUGUGGGAAGCAGGUAAGGAGGAGCAUUUCACCACCACAGGCACCUUUAAACACCUUUCCCAGGAGCACUUGUGCUUUGCAAUCCUGCAAACUUUGGACCCGUAUUUGCAGGGGUAUGACCAAAGCCUUAUCUCCACAUUCCACUAGCAAGCCCCACGUCUGUGUGAGGAAUCGGGGUCGUCCACUCAGAAGGAUGGCCAAUCCAGACUCCUAUCUGCGUCAGCCCUGGAGCACAGUGCAUGGCAUUCCCAUGGUCAACGCCUUCGCCCUCAACUGGGAGCGGAUCGACAGCUUCCAGAGUCGCCCUGAGGACAUUGUGGUGGUCACCUUCCCCAAGUCUGGCACCACGUGGGUCAGCGAGAUUGUGGACAUGGUCCUGAAAGGUGGUGACCCCAAAAAAUGCAAGGAGGAUAACAUCAUCAACCGGGUGCCCAUGAUGGAGUUUGCUGCCCCUGGGAAGAUGCCAGCAGGCACGGACCAGCUGGAGGUUAUGGCAUCCCCUCGCAUCAUCAAGACCCACAUCCCAGCUGACAUCUUGCCCAAAACCUUCUGGGAAAACCGCUGCAAGAUGAUCUAUGUGGGGCGCAAUGCCAAGGAUGUGGCCGUUUCCUUCUACCACUUUGACCUUAUGAACAAGUUCCACCCUCACCCCGGGACAUGGGCCCAGUACCUGGAGGAGUUCAUGGCCGGCAGAGUGGCAUAUGGCUCCUGGUACAACCACGUCAAGGGCUACUGGGAGCGGAGGAAGGAUCACCCCAUUCUCUACCUCUUCUACGAGGACAUGAAGGAGGACCUCCGCCGGGAGAUAGUCAAGGUGGCCCAGUUCCUGGGGCAUGAGCUGUCAGAGGCGGCACUGGACACCAUCACCCAACACACUUCCUUCGAGGCCAUGCGGGACAAUCCCACCACCAACUACAGCAAGCUGCCCUCCGAGAUCAUGGACCACAGCGUGUCCCCCUUCAUGCGCAAAGGCACCACCGGAGACUGGAAGAACCACUUCACCGUGGCCCAGAACGAGCGCUUUGACCAGGACUAUGCGCAGAAGAUGUCGGGCACCGACCUGCGCUUCCGCACUCAGAUCUGAGGAGACACCGCCAGACACCCCCCAAAUCCGACCCAUGCUGGUGGCACUGCUCCCACACCGGGGGCUGCUUCCCCUCCUCUGAGACUGCUGGAGAGAAAUAAAAUGUGCUUCCUGACCCCUGCAUGGGGUGCUCA